AUGAUAAAUAUUGAAGAUAUUUCAAAAUCUUCAAAUCAAAGUGAAGAAAAACAAUUAAAAAGUACAAGUUCAAAAACAAAAUACCCAUUCGCAGCAAAAAGUUUAUUCAAAGGUUCAAAUAAUAUUACACCAUAUUAUUUAUCAACCAGUAAUACAUUCCAAUGUGUAGCAUCUGAGUCAAUUCAAACAUGGCUUCUUUCAGAUGAUGGUCAUAUCUUUACAUCCAGUGGUAAUUUUGUUUUAGAUGUUUCAUCAGGUGGUUAUUUUGUUGAAUUAGUACAACUUAAUUCAAAUUCAAAAACUCAAAUUUGGACAAUUGAUACAACAAAUAAUAAAAUUCAAAACCAAGGUAAUGGUAAAUACCUUGAUAUCGACAAUUUGAAUAUUUGUGUUGCACCUUUAAAUGGAAACGCAACUCAAAAAUGGACAACUUUUAGAAGAGCACCAAUUCCAACUGGUAAUUGGGGUUACUUUCAAAGCAAAAAAUUGGAUUCCAAUAAUAAUUAUUGGGGUCUAAGUGUAUUAAAUAAUAGUACAUCAUAUAAUACUAGUGUAGUAAUGAAUAAAGUUCAAGCAAAAUCAAUAGGUCAAAUUUGGCAAAUGACAAACGAUGGUCACAUUUUAUCACGUUUGGAUGGUAAUUUAGUAUUAGAUAUUGGUCCAUCAAUUAAUGGUAGUAAAACAAACUAUUAUUUAAAUACCAAUGUUUACAAAGCAAAUGAUCUAAUGCAACAAUGGGGUAUCAACGAAAAUAAUCAAAUUUUCAAUCAAUAUUAUCCAAAUUUAUGUAUUGGAUUCGUUGGCGAACUUGGAGUUGAUUCAACUGUUAAUUGUGUAUUAGCUCAACCAACUAGUGCUGGUAAUAUUAAUUUCCAAUGGAUUGCAAAUCCAACCUAUUCAUUAAACCAAAUUGUUAGUGAAGUACCAGAACCAUUUCCAGCUUACACAAGUGGUGAUUUAUUAGCAUCAUACCAAUACCUUAGUAAUAUUGCAACAAAUGGUUAUACUGAUGACAUUAGAUCACUUUAUACAAGUAUUAAUGUUAGUUUAGAAAUUUUCUAUGUUAAUGUCACCAAUGCAACUUGUCCAUCAUCAAUUCAUUCAACUGAAGAUUUUUCAAAUGUUCAAAAUCAAAUCAAAAAUGAACUCACCUACGCAAUCAAUGUCCGUUUAGUAUUUGAUAACUAUUCCGAUUUUUAUAGUAAAUUAUUUAGUCAAGGUAGUACAAAUUUAACAAACUUGGCAAAUUUAAUUAAUGUUGAUAUGUCAUCUGACCAAGUUGUUAAUGGAGAUUACACCGAUGCAAUUACCAGUGUUUUUUAUGCAAUUAUUUCAGAGAUACCAAUUGGUGGUUCAAUAAUUGCAAACAUUGGUGAGUCAGCAGUAGAAUUUGGUGAAUUAGAUGCUGAAAGUAAUGAUUCAGGCCCAUCAACCUAUCAAGUUACAUUAAGUAAACUCUAUGAUCAUUUAAAUGAAAAUUAUGAAAAUGAAAUGGCAAAUGCUCAAAGUAUGAAAAAUACCAUUUUACAAGAUUGGGGCAUGAUGAGUAAAACCUUUGCAUUAUGUUUCUUACCAACCAAUAAUCCAUCCUCACUCAAUAUCAAUGGAUUAGACUUUCAAAAAAUUUCUACCAUAGCUUCUAUAGCUUACCAAACUGCAAUGAUUCAAAUGUUAUUACCAACUAAUUAUCAAAUUUACUUUACACCAGCUGGUUACUAUGCACCAGUUUCAAGUGAUGAUUACUCUUAUACUGAUAGUACUGGAACCUAUAUUAUGGCGGAAAUCGAUAACUGUAACUCCCAUCCUCCAAAAGCUUUAACCGAUAAGUUAUGGAAUAAUGGAGUUUCAAAACAAGAAGUUUUCACAUCUUCCUAUGGUUGGAAUUUAGCUACCUCUGUGACCUAUUACAAUAUGGUCGGUAAAUAUAGUGGAAUGUUUAAAUUAUCUUUCCCAACUGUAAAGAAUUUUACAUCAGUACCAAUGCAAUUCGUAAUGACCAAUGGAAGUGAUAGAGUUGGUACUUUCAAUGUUAAAACUCAUUUUGCUGGAUUAGCCUCAACAUAUUACUAUUCAGGUGCUCUUGGUCAUCAUUAUUACGAUAUUGCUGUAAUUGAUAUUAACGGUAACAAGGUUGCAAAUUUCACAGUUGACAAUAAUUUGGAAGCUCUUGAAGGUAGUUAUGUUUCAAUUAAAACUAAUUCAUUAGUUGUUCAACCAGGCUAUGUUGUUGGUAAUCCAACUUGUAAUCAAGGUAGUUUUUCUCAAGGAUUUGCUGCUUCAAUUUUAAUUCCAAUUUAUAAAUCAAAUUAA